CGGGGAGCAAGCGUGAUGAUGGCUGUGGGUCUAGUCCUACUGCUGGAGGUGGGAGACCUCAGGUCUUGGCCUGAUCUAGAGCCUAACUUCCUGGGCAGGCAGCUGGGCGGGCGACAGCAGGCUGGCGUGGCCGGACGCCGGUGCCCUCUCCUGCUUCAGUCCCUGGGAGGUUUUGUGCCCUGACACCAUUUCCUGCUCUUUCUCUGGUUUGUUCUGUGGCAGCCCUGGAGUUCUCCCCUCACCUGCAUGGAGGAAUUGGCUCUUCUGCGCUCGUCUGCCCCUGCUGUCACAGCCUCAAGAAGGAUGGGAUCUGUGUUUCAGAACAGACUCAGUGUGGCUCAAUGGCUGCGCAAGUCUGAGGAAAAAGACCCCUGUGACUCAGAUUGGAGAACAAAGGAGGACUGAUGUGGCCAGUCCCGGCACUCCCCUGGGACUCCGGAACGCAGAGGUGCUGGGCGUGAAGACGCUCUGAGCAUCUGAAGACGGGGAAGCUGGCCGGCAUGGGAGCUGAGGAACAGGAGGGAAGGUGGAGAGCCAGCUGCUCCGAGCUACACCUGGGAGGGCUUGGGGAGGUCCCUGGACAGCAACAGAGGACAUGUCGUCCCUUCUCUUCCCUUAGUUCCACCCCAGCAGGGAGUGGGGCAAACACUUGGAACUGGGAUCCAGCCUGGCACCCUCACCUCGGAUGCUUUCCAGCCACCCCAGGGUCCUAUUCUCAUCUGCCUAAGACUUGCCGUGGACCUGGGACGUGCCCUUCAACUUGACCGUCCCAGUCACUCGUCUGUGGAACGUGCUCGCACUGUGGGGAUGCACACAGCAGUCAGGGUGGAACCACGGUGGGUGCUGACCCUGCUGCCCUGCACCUUGUGCCCACUCCUCCCAACUCAGAGCAACCCCAGCCAUCCAGGAAGCGCUCUUGUGUUUGCUGGAAGCAGCCUGUGUUCUAGAAUCCUGUCCCCUUCAGUGUCCUUCUGGUUCUGGAAUCCCACUGCCAUUCCAUGUGGAGAGCCUGAGGUCCUCAGGAUUCUGCCGCUCUUCUCGGGGUGCUGCUGUCAGGCUCUCACGUCGGACUUGAGUCCACACAGCGGCCAGGAUGCGGUGGCGCGACCGCAUAGCUGUGUUCUUCUUUCCGCCAGGCUUGAUGCUCACCAUGACCGCACUGAUGCUCUUCUUUAUACACCUGGCCGUCUUUGCCAACGACGUGCAUAACUUCUGCAUCACCCACCACUACGACCACAUGAGCUUCCAAUACACGAUCGUCCUGAUGUUCUCCCAGGUGAUCAGCAUCUGCUGGGCUGCCAUGGGGUCACUCUACGCGGAGAUGACAGAUGACAAGUUUCUGCGGUGCUUUGCCCUGACCAUCCUGAUGCUCAAUGAAGCCAUGUUCUUCAACCGCCUGUCCCUGGAGUUUCUGGCCAUCCAAUACCGGGAAGAGAACCACUGAGGCCUGGGGACUAGGGAUGGGGCUGAGGAGGGAGAAGGAAAAGGCUACUUUGGGUGUUUUAAUAAAGUCUGCUGUUUA